AAUAGACAACGAUGACACUGCGGGGUGUGCGGCGACCCAAGCGGUUUUAAACGGCUUAGAGCAGGCCCCUUGGUUCUGACCCGGCUGAGGAAUUACUCUUAAUUCUAAGGAGAAACUGGAAGCACAAUGGGAGAUGACAGUGAGUGGAUGAAACUGCCGGUUGAUCAGAAAUGUGAACAUAAGUUGUGGAAAGCAAGAUUAAGUGGAUAUGAAGAGGCCUUAAAGAUCUUCCAGAAAAUAAAGGAUGAAAAGAGCCCAGAGUGGUCCAAAUAUUUAGGAUUGAUCAAAAAAUUUGUGACUGAUUCCAAUGCAGUGGUUCAGUUGAAAGGAUUAGAAGCUGCACUUGUUUAUGUUGAAAACGCUCAUGUAGCAGGAAAAACCACAGGAGAAGUUGUGUCAGGUGUUGUAAGUAAAGUGUUCAACCAGCCGAAAGCCAAAGCCAAGGAGCUAGGCAUAGAGAUUUGUCUAAUGUACAUAGAGAUUGAAAAAGGAGAGGCUGUGCAAGAGGAGCUCCUAAAAGGCCUGGAUAAUAAGAACCCCAAGGUCAUAGUGGCCUGUAUAGAAACUCUGAGGAAGGCCUUAAGUGAAUUUGGUUCAAAAAUCAUCUUGCUUAAGCCAAUUAUCAAAGUGUUGCCAAAACUCUUUGAGUCUCGAGAAAAGGCUGUUCGAGAUGAAGCCAAAUUAAUUGCUGUGGAGAUUUACAGAUGGAUUCGGGAUGCUCUGAGACCCCCAUUACAAAAUAUAAAUUCUGUCCAGUUGAAAGAACUAGAAGAAGAAUGGGUCAAACUACCAACAGGUGCUCCUAAACCAACUCGGUAUCUGCGUUCCCAACAAGAACUAGAAGCAAAAUUGGAACAGCAACAAUCUGCUGGUGGAGACGCUGAAGGAGGUGGUGAUGAUGGUGAUGAAGUGCCACAGAUAGAUGCUUAUGAGCUUUUGGAAGCAGUAGAAAUUCUUUCCAAACUUCCCAAAGAUUUUUAUGACAAAAUUGAGGCAAAAAAAUGGCAAGAGAGAAAAGAAGCUCUGGAGGCUGUAGAAGUACUAGUGAAAAACCCCAAACUGGAGGCAGGCGAUUAUGCGGAUUUAGUGAAAGCAUUAAAGAAGGUUGUUGGAAAGGACACCAAUGUCAUGUUGGUGGCUUUGGCAGCAAAAUGUCUUACUGGCCUGGCUGUUGGGUUAAGGAAGAAAUUUGGACAAUAUGCAGGACACGUUGUGCCAACCAUUUUGGAGAAAUUCAAAGAGAAGAAGCCUCAAGUGGUACAGGCUCUGCAGGAGGCAAUUGAUGCAAUCUUCCUAACUACGACACUACAGAACAUCAGUGAGGAUGUCUUAGCAGUGAUGGAUAAUAAAAAUCCAACCAUCAAGCAGCAGACAUCUCUUUUUAUUGCAAGGAGCUUCCGCCACUGCACUGCUUCUACCCUGCCAAAGAGCUUACUGAAGCCCUUUUGUGCUGCUCUGCUUAAGCACAUCAAUGAUUCUGCUCUUGAAGUCAGAGAUGCUGCAUUUGAAGCAUUGGGUACUGCUUUGAAAGUAGUUGGUGAGAAAGCAGUAAACCCAUUCUUAGCUGAUGUGGACAAGCUCAAGCUUGAUAAGAUCAAAGAAUGUUCAGAGAAAGUAGAACUGGUACAUGGUAAGAAAGCUGGACUGGCAGCUGAUAAGAAGGAGUUCAAACCUGUGCCUGGAAGGACUGCUGCUUCAGGAGCGGCAGGAGAUAAGGACGUGAAGGACAUUUCAGCACCCAAACCAGGACCCUUAAAAAAGGCACCUGCUGCUAAGGCUGGUGGACCACCUAAGAAGGGGAAGCCAGCUGCACCAGGGGGUUCAGGUAGCACUGGAACAAAGAACAAGAAAGGAUUGGACACCAAAGAAAUAGUGGAGCCUGAGCUGUCGAUAGAACUAUGUGAAGAAAAAGCUUCAGCUGUCCUUCCCCCUACCUGUAUACAGCUUCUAGACAGUAGUAACUGGAAGGAACGGCUGGCCUGUAUGGAAGAGUUCCAGAAGGCUGUUGAAAUAAUGGACCGGACUGAAAUGCCAUGCCAGGCAUUAGUGAGGAUGCUGGCCAAGAAACCUGGAUGGAAGGAAACUAAUUUUCAGGUGAUGCAGAUGAAGCUUCACAUAGUUGCUCUGAUUGCCCAGAAGGGAAACUUUUCUAAAACAUCAGCUCAGGUUGUAUUAGAUGGCCUUGUGGAUAAGAUUGGAGAUGUGAAAUGCGGGAACAAUGCAAAAGAAGCUAUGACAGCAAUUGCCGAAGCUUGUAUGUUGCCAUGGACAGCUGAACAGGUUAUGUCAAUGGCUUUCUCACAGAAGAAUCCUAAGAAUCAGUCAGAAACUCUGAAUUGGCUAUCAAAUGCAAUAAAAGAAUUUGGAUUUUCUGGGUUGAAUGUCAAAGCUUUCAUUAGCAAUGUGAAGACAGCUCUUGCUGCAACAAACCCAGCUGUGAGGACUUCUGCCAUCACCCUGCUUGGUGUGAUGUAUCUGUAUGUUGGUCCUUCUUUGCGAAUGUUCUUUGAGGAUGAGAAGCCUGCCCUCCUGUCCCAGAUAGAUGCAGAAUUCGAGAAGAUGCAGGGACAAAGCCCACCUGCUCCUACUAGAGGGAUUUCCAAGCACAGCGCAAGUGCUACUGAUGAAGGAGAAGAUGGAGAGGAACCAGAUGAAGGGAGCAAUGAUGUUAUUGAUUUUUUGCCAAGGGCAGAGAUCAGUGAUAAAAUCACUUCAGAGUUGGUAUCUAAGAUUGGUGACAAGAACUGGAAGAUCAGGAAAGAAGGUUUAGAUGAAGUAGCAAGCAUUAUCAAUGAAGCAAAAUUUAUCCAGCCAAAUAUAGGUGAACUUCCAACUGCCUUGAAGGGUCGACUCAAUGAUUCAAAUAAAAUCCUGGUGCAGCAGACACUGACUAUCCUCCAGCAGUUGGCAGUAGCCAUGGGCCCAAACAUCAAGCAGCAUGUGAAGAGCUUGGGCAUCCCAAUCAUCACAGUCCUUGGUGACAGCAAGAACAAUGUUCGAGCUGCUGCCCUCGUGACAGUGAAUACUUGGGCUGAACAGACUGGCAUGAAGGAAUGGCUGGAGGGAGAAGAUCUUUCUGAAGAGCUCAAAAAGGAAAAUCCUUUCUUGAGACAAGAGCUUCUGGGCUGGCUGGCUGAGAAACUACCUACUCUUCGUUCCACCCCCACAGACCUUAUCCUUUGUGUUCCUCAUCUCUACUCCUGUCUAGAGGACCGCAAUGGAGAUGUGCGAAAGAAGGCCCAAGAUGCCUUGCCAUUCUUCAUGAUGCAUUUAGGAUAUGAGAAGAUGGCCAAGGCUACUGGGAAACUAAAGCCAACUUCUAAAGAUCAGGUAUUGGCCAUGCUAGAGAAAGCCAAAGCUAAUAUGCCAGCCAAACCUGCACCUGUAAAAGCAACUUCCAAACCAGUAGGAGGGUCAGCUCCAGCCAAAUUCCAACCUGCAUCAGCACCUGUUGAAGAUUCUGUUUCCAGCUCUGUAGAACCAAAAGAUCCCAAAAAGGCCAAAACUCUAGGAGUUUCCUCUAAAGCAAAGAAUGCACAAGGAAAGAAAGUGCCAAGCAAAACAAGCUUAAAGGAGGAUGACGACAAAUCUGGUCCUGUUUUUAUUGUUAUUCCAAAUGGAAAAGAGCAAAGGAUGAAAGAUGAGAAAGGAUUAAAGGUGCUGAAAUGGAAUUUUACUACUCCCCGGGAUGAGUAUAUUGAGCAACUAAAGAUUCAGAUGUCUAGCUGUGUGGCUAAAUGGCUGCAAGAUGAGAUGUUUCACUCAGACUUUCAGCAUCACAACAAAGCCCUAGCUAUAAUGGUUGAUCAUUUGGAGAGUGAAAAAGAAGGUGUCAUUGGUUGCCUGGAUCUUAUCCUAAAGUGGCUUACCCUGCGGUUUUUUGACACCAAUACAAGCGUCCUAAUGAAAACCCUAGAAUAUUUAAAAUUACUUUUCACCCUGCUAAGUGAGGAAGAAUAUCAUCUUACUGAGAAUGAAGCAUCUUCCUUCAUCCCCUAUCUCAUCCUCAAGGUUGGAGAACCAAAGGAUGUCAUUCGUAAAGAUGUCCGUGCCAUCCUGAACCGGAUGUGCCUUGUCUACCCAGCCAGCAAGAUGUUCCCUUUCAUCAUGGAAGGAACCAAAUCCAAAAACUCUAAGCAGAGAGCAGAGUGCCUGGAAGAGCUGGGGUGUUUGGUCGAAUCCUAUGGCAUGAAUGUUUGCCAACCAACCCCAGGAAAAGCCUUAAAGGAGAUAGCUAUUCACAUAGGAGACCGGGACAAUGCUGUACGCAAUGCUGCACUCAACACCAUUGUAACAGUGUACAAUGUACAUGGGGAUCAGGUGUUCAAACUGAUUGGAAAUCUUUCAGAAAAGGAUAUGAGCAUGCUUGAGGAGAGGAUUAAGCGGUCAGCAAAGAGGCCCUCUGCUGCCCCAAUAAAGCAGAUGGAAGAGAAACCACAACGCACGCAGAACAUAAGCUCCAAUGCCAACAUGCUGCGCAAGGGCCCAGUGGAGGACAUGUCCUCCAAGCUCAACCAAGCCCGAAGCAUGAGUGGACAUCCUGAGGCAGCCCAGACAGUUCGCCGGGAAUUCCAGCUGGAUUUGGAUGAGAUUGAGAAUGACAAUGGUACAGUCCGAUGUGAAAUGCCAGAACUUGUCCAGCACAAACUGGAUGACAUUUUUGAACCAGUUCUCAUUCCUGAACCCAAGAUCAGGGCUGUUUCUCCACAUUUCGAUGACAUGCACAGUAAUACAGCAUCCACGAUCAAUUUCAUCAUCUCCCAAGUAGCCAGUGGUGACAUCAACACGAGCAUCCAAGCUCUGACACAG